CAAGAAGAAGCAGGACUGAAGUGCACAUGUUUGUGAUGCUAGGUCAUAAUAAAUAACGAUGCUCUAAUUAUUUUUAUAAGCGCGUUCAAGUGAAGAAAGUUGUUACAACGCAGAUCUCAUGAGGUGGUGAAUCAUGGCACAGAGGCAGAUUUUGUCUUUGCUGUGGCCCGUGAGGAGAUGUGGACUUCAGCCGGUGAUGUCCCGCCCUCAUUGUCAGAAUAUCAACACAAACUCUUGGUUCUGCAGCUCCAGACUGAUGAAAUCUGAACCUCCUCCAGUUCACCCAGAGAAUGGAUCUCUUCUGGAGAAUCUCUCCAGCAUGGGCGUGGACCUGACCAUGGCCCGCCGACGCCAGCCCGGCGUUCUCCGUAAACUCCUCACCAACGAACAAGGUCUCGCCCACUUCCUGAAGAGCAAAGGUGCCGACCAGGAGACCAUCGCCAGCAUCAUCUCGCGAUUCCCGCGAUCAAUCACCCGGUCCUGUCAGCACCUGGAGGAACGCUGGCAGCUGUGGAGGAACAUCUUCAAGAGCGACAGCGAGGUCGUCGGAAUUUUGUCGCGCUCGCCCGAGUCGUUCUUUCGUUCUAGUGACAACGAGAACCUGGAGAAGAAUAUCACUUUCUUGAGAUCUUUGGGAAUGACUCCUAAAGAUCUGCACCGGCUGCUCACAACAGCACCACGGACGUUCUCCAACAGCGUCGAGCUCAACAGGAACAUGGUGGAACUCCUGCAGGGCAUUUGCAUGAGUUUGGGUGGAAAAGACCAAGAACACUUCGCCAGAACCAUCAUCUCCAGGAACCUGUACAUCCUCAUCCGCAGCACCAACCGUGUCAAGGCGAACGUCGACUUCCUGUUGAGCUCGUUGAGUUUGAGUAACACGGAGGCGCUUGUUUUACUGCAGAGCCACGGCGCUCAGAUUCUGGAUCUCUCGCACGAGAGUCUGAAGAGGAAUUUUAAGAACCUGCAGUGGAAGAUUCGGUCCUUGGGCUGCAGCGAAGCACAUUUCAAAAAGAUGAUCUUGAAUUAUUCCCUGGUGCUGUUCAUCUCCUCCGAGCUGCUGAACGAGAAACUGCACUCUCUCAUUGAUGCUGGCGUUCACGUACUGCAGAUCAUACAGAAGCCGAAGGUUCUUGAUUUCAGUCUCGUCAUCAUCAAACAGCGACUGCAUGAUCUCAACAGUCUGGGUUAUGACUUUCAGAAGAACGGCAUUGCUGUUUUAGAUUCCAGUAAAAAACGCUUUCAUGCUAAAUUAGAGAGACUGGGCUCUCCGGAGGAGUAACGCUGAUCCCGUCUCCUCUGGCUGUUGUUUAGAUGCACUUUCAAUGAUUAGAAAUGUUUGUUUUGUCUGCAAGAAAACAAACACAGACUGUUCUGCUCGCUGUUUACUGAAGUUGGCCCUUGAAAACAAAACAGAAUAUUGUUAAAUCAAAUAUUUUGAAUGUAUUUUUUCUACGUUUAAACAUAAAAAUGAUGUAUUGACCUGAACUGUUAUUGUUUCAUAUGAAAAAUAAAUUGGACACAUAGAUAAGUCAAAUAAAUAUAAUGCAGGGGGCCUGAGUAUCUCAGCGAGUAUUGAUGCUGACUAUCACACCUGGAGUCGUGAGUUUGAAUCCAUGGUGUGCUGAGUGACUCCAGUUAGGUCUCCUUAGCAACCAAAUUGGCCCGGUUGCUAGGGAGGGUAGAGUCACAUGGGGUAACCUACUCGUGGUCACUAUAAUGUGGUUCUCGCUCUCGGUGGGGCGUGUGGUGAGUUGUGCGUGGAUGCCGCGGACAAGAGUGUGAAGUUUCCACACACACACUUCGUCUCCAUGGUAACGCCCUCAACAGGUCACGUGAUAAAAUGCGCGGAUUGACGGUCUCAGACACAACUGAGAUUCGUCCUCCGACACCCGGGUUGAGGCGAGUCACUACACCACCACGAGGACUUGGAGCGCAUUGGGAAUUGGGCGGUACAAAUUUGGGAGAAUAAAUAAAUGAAUAUAAUCUAUAAAGAUUAACUCUGUAUGCUGUGUGCUCAAGACCAUUAAAAAUCACUGUAUUUUUUUAAGUCAUUUUGUGGGGACUAUAUGACCAUAUUCUCUUAAGACUAUUCAUUUAUAUUUACUAUUUUAUGUUUUCUGAGAAAAAUGCAAGUAAAUAAAACAAUAUUAUAAAUAAAUAAUAUAUGUACUGUAUGUAUACACACAUUAGGGUAAAUAAAUUUGCAA